ACAUUUCUUUGAACAUAUAGCCAUUUCUUUGAAGGGUUUAUUUAUUAAUUUUCUAAAUAUGAUUGGGUUAGAGGACGUUUACAAGGUGGUUGCAGCCACCGUGCCACUCUAUGUGGCUUUACUUUUAGGGUAUGGUUCAGUGAGGUGGUGGCACAUUUUUACACAUGAACAAUGUGACGCCAUUAACCGGUUUGUAUGUUUCUUCACCCUCCCUCUUUUUACUUUCGAGUUCACUGCCCACAUUGACCCAUUCAACAUGAACUAUCGCUUCAUUGGUGCGGACGUCAUCUCAAAAGUUAUUAUUGUGACCGUGCUUGCGUUUUGGGCAAGGUUUAGUAGUAAAGGAAGUUGUUCAUGGUCCAUAACAUGUUACUCUUUGUCCACUUUGACCAAUUCUCUUGUUGUGGGUGUGCCCUUGGUUAGGGCUAUGUAUGGUCAAGAAUUUGUGAACCUUGUUGUACAAGGGUCAGUGAUCCAAGCCAUUGUUUGGCUCACUGCUCUCCUCUUUGUGUUGGAAUGUAGAAGAUCAGUAAUGAAUGUUUGCUCUGUCAAUGCUACUGAAUUCAAGGAUUUGGAAGGAAACUUGAAGUCGGACGUUGAGCAAGCGGUGGUCGCUAAAUCAUCGUUAGUGUCACUAAUGAAAGUUGUUCUUUUGAAACUCGCCAUGAAUCCUAAUUCGUAUUCUUGUGUCAUUGGCAUCGUUUGGGCAACUAUAUCAAAUAGGUUUAACUGGCCAAUGCCGGAUAUGAUUGAAGGAUCAGUAUUGAUAAUGUCUAAGGCUGGGACAGGCACUGCAAUGUUUAGCAUGGGUUUAUUCAUGGCAAAACAGGAGAAACUGAUUGCAUGUGGAACAAGUCUGACGAUGCUUGCCAUUGUUCUCAAGUUUUUUGCCGGACCAGCAACUAUGGCUAUCAGUUGCAUCGCCGUUGGUUUGCAUGGGGAUGUAUUACGUGUUGCCAUUAUUCAGUCUGCUAUACCUCAGUCUAUCACCUCAUUCAUAUACGCUAAAGAAUAUGGAUUGCAUCCAGAUGUUCUGAGUACUGCGGUUGUCAUUGGUAUGAUUGUCACUCUUCCUAUUAUGGUUGGAUUCUAUGCUGUCUUGGAAUUUUUGCACUAAUUCCUUCCCAUACAAGUACAAGUGAUCUAGCACUAUGAAUUAUAAACCACACCAAUGUCCAACUUAAGUCUCAUUUUCAAGUCAAUUUUAUAAUGUUCUUUGUAACAGUUGAUAAUUAACACGAAGAUAAUUGAUUUUGUCUUUAAACUAGUAUUAUAACUACGCUCCGUGACGGGAUACAUAGCCUUUAUCCGGAAUUAUUGUUGAAAUAUGCAUUGUAUAUUUUAAAGGCAAAUUGGAUUUAAAUAA